GCGCCUCUGUGUGGACGAAAGCGGCGUGUAACCGUCAAAUCUAAUCGCCAGGUUCCGGGUUCUGGCCCAUUCUAUUUUAAUUCUAGCGACGUGGGUCACUAAGCGUCAGUUGGGUGUCGUUUAUUUAUACAUACAGUGAGUUACUGUCUGUGGUAUCAGCGAUAAUGUGAUGCUAGCAACGCAGCUAACCGGCAGUGGCUGUGAGGAUGAGGCGUCCGGACACGUUGGUUUAAGCGUCGAUGAAAGUAGCCAGAGUUCUGUCGCUGGGUUUAAGCGCGAUGGCUUCUGUGAGCCGAGCCUCAUCCUCGGAGAUGCCGGGGUUGAAUCCGAUGCUGGGGCUCCAGAGGCUGGCGGCGGUGCCGGGAUCCGCCCCGGAGAAAGUCAACGACCUGCUCCUCCUCCGGCCCCGCGCGCCCGCUGAGCCUGAGCCCGCGGGCUCCAGCAGACAUGCGGUGUUUUUCCACGGAGACAUCCAGAACUUCCAGGACGAGAUGUCGCAGCAGUCGGACGCGGCUCCGUGGCUGCGCUGGAGUCUGGAGCAGGUCGCUCUGACUCUGUCCAGUCGCUUCCCGGACCACCACGUGUGGGUGGUCCGCGCGUCUCGCAUGUACCUGCACAAGUUCAGCUGCUACCACAACUUCGUUCAGAGUAACAUGUUCGGAGCGCCGGAGCACUCGGAGUAUCCGGAGGAGUCGGGGCUUGGAGCCUUCCACCACCUCAGAAAUCUGCUGAGCCAUGGAAUGCGACGCGCUGAACUGGCAGCCCCCCUCCUGCCUCCAGAGGGCGCCGUGCCAGCGGGGUUCUCCCUGGCGCUGGUGGGCUUCAGCAAAGGCUGCGUGGUUCUGAACCAGCUGGUGUACGAGCUGGCGGGGGCGCGAGCCGACCAGCAGAUGGCACCGUUUGUACGCAGCAUCUCCGACAUGUUCUGGCUGGACGGCGGUCACCCCGGCGGCAGCGAGACCUGGGUGACGGACAAGCCGGCGCUGAGCUCGCUCGCCACCAGCGGGGUGAGGGUCCACGCGCACGUGACGCCGUACGAGGUGUGUGACCCCAUGAGGGCGUGGGUGGGCCGCGAACACGCCCACUUCAUCCAGACGCUGGAGGAACUCGGGGCCAGUCCGCAAAACACAGUCCACUUUGCCGACGAGCCGCCGUCAAUCAGCAACCACUUCCGGGUUCUCCUGGAGUUCUGAUCGUUUUUGGCAGGUUCGGAGCCGGUUCGGAUCUGUGAUGGUACUGAGGCGCCUCAACUGGGAGCACAGUGCAUAAUGGGAAACGUUCGGCUUUUAUUUAUUUUUGCUUAUUUAUCUAAUCGUGACUCAGCAGAAAUGGGGAAAAAGCUCCAAAAUAAGUGAAACUUUAUACCCUUGAUUCUGAGACACGUUCUGAUUAUUAUUACAGACACGGAUGUAGAAAGGAAUACUUUAGAUUUUACAAGUAAGAAAAAAAAUAGGAAAUUACUAGAAUAAUAGUAAGUACCUAAUUGUUUUCUACUUUGUCUCACUAUUUUUUUUAAAUCAGGAAAUGGUGUUUGAUACAGAAUUGUGAUAUUUUAUCUUGGAUUUCUUUUCAUUUUUAUUUAUUUUCUUAAACAGAUGAGUUAAUUUUAAGCUUGUACAAGCUUGCAAUAAGUUCAAUUUUUUGGUUUCAAAUGAUAAGAGGGCAAAAUUCAUAUCCAUAUGAUAAGUGCUCUCUAUGCUAAAUAAAUGAAUAAAAUAAUUCAAAUGUGCUGCCAUAGUCGAGGGCUUCCUGAACCCGAGGAUGUUAUUUAUAUUCACAGUUUAACAUAGAACAUUGACGAAACCAAAACGAACUUACAUGAAAACUUUUCUGAGCAUCCACAGCAUUAAAAACGUAUUAUUCUCAGAGUUAGUGACUUGAAGUUUUGGACUGUCGUUGGCGUGUUCUGCUGUGGAAGUCUGGUUUGCACUUUGCUGAAGCUUCUGAAUGUCACUUCAUAUCAUUCCAGACUUGCUGCUUCUCAGGUUUGUUAAAGCACAGUUGAACCCUUGCGCACUGAUGCGCUAACACUCCUCUGCUAACUCCGCUAAGCAUGAAAGGCAAAGAAAUCUCGAAUCACUGCGCAACUCAAUACAUCCAUACGCUCAUGGACGUCUCCAGUCUGCGUGAAUGUUGUUUGACUCAGCAUGUGUGCAUCAUGUUUCACCUGCAGGGGGCGCAGUGAGCCACAAGAAAGCAGAGACAGGAAGGACAUGUUCUAUAUCUUUAAUGAGCUGCUUCAUGUUGCCGAGUCUAGAUAUAAAUAUUAGCGUGAUCAGAGUACAAACGCUCAUUCUUUAAAUAUAAAAUGCAAAAUAAACAAACAUCUCCU